AUGCGUCUCAAAGCUUCUACAGCCAUCACAUCGGCUGUCGCACCAGAGAUCACGGGUCUCCAGAAAGAAACCGCCGUCGCAGACAGCAAGGAUCUAGGCCAAACCACCGUUCCACAGGAUGAAUCAGACCGCGAGAAAAAUGCAGUGCCAGUCAAUGACCAUAACCAGGAAGGUGUCGAGAGAAUAGAGGCCAUUACGUCCACAUGGAGUUGGCAGGCUCUGGCUACUGUCCUUUGCUUCAUCUACAUCUUUACGUUCAUGCAGGCGCUGUUUAGCUCUGCUACCGGCCAGUUAGCCGCUUAUGUCACGUCGAGCUUCCAUGAUCAUUCCCUCAUAUCUACGGUCUCUGUUCUAUCCAGCGUCAUCGGCGGUGUCGCCAAGUUCCCAAUCGCCAAGAUUCUUGAUGUGCGCGGCCGCAUUGAAGGAUUCAUCUUGAUGACUGUCUUCUGUACCCUUGGGCUACUCCUCACCGCUUCUUGUACAAAUGUCGAAACAUACGCCGCUGGUCAGGUUUUCUACGCCAUCGGCUCCGGCGGCAUGAGCCAAUGUAUCACAAUCUUCCUGGCGGACAUUACUCAACUGAAGAACCGUAUGAUCGCUUACGGCUUGAAUUCGACUCCGUACAUUGCUACGACCUUUGCCGGCCCUGCCCUAGCUUCUAGGUAUUUGGGUGGUGCUGGUUGGCGUUGGGCAUAUGGCUCUUUUGCCAUUAUCACCCCGGUUGUUGCAUUGCCAAUUAUCACGAUCUUCCUUUGGUUUCAGAUGCAAGCAAAGAAGACUGGUGCGCUUCCCGUUCGUGCCACUAGUGGUCGCACCUGGUGGCAGUCCCUUGCCUAUUACUGGGUACAAUUCGAUGGUGUUGGCCUUUUCCUCGUCACUGCCGGCUUCUGUAUUCUACUCGUCCCCUUCACACUGGCGUCUACUGCUACACAUAGAUGGAACACUGGCUGGAUUAUCGCCAUGAUCGUUGUCGGCUGUAUUGUCCUUGUCGCAUUCGUGAUUUGGGAAAAGUACUUUGCCACGGCCGUUAUGGUUCCUUGGCGCUUCCUGAAGGACCGUACUGUGCUAGGCUCUUGUAUCUUCGCCUUCUUCCUCUAUCUGACCUUUUACUGCUGGGAUCUUUACUACUCAUCUUACCUUCAGGUUGUUCACAACCUGAGCGUCUCGAAGGCUGGGUAUGUUGUCAACAUCUACAGCAUCAUCUCCUGCUUCUGGGGUCCUAUUGCCGGGCUCUUUAUCCGUUGGACUGGGCGGUUCAAGUGGCUCGCCAUCGCUGCCGUUCCCGUCUCUUGCCUUGGUACUGCCCUGAUGAUCUACUUCCGUCAUCCCGGCGCAUACAUCGGCUACAUUUGCAUGUGCCAAGUUCUUAUCUCGGUCUCGGGCGGCACACUCGUAAUGUGCGAGCAGAUUGCCAUUAUGGCGCCUGUGACGCACAACGAAGUCGCCAUGGUCCUUGCCCUUGAGGGUGUUUUCGCCGCGAUCGGUGGCUCCGUCGGCCAGUCCAUCUCCGGCGCCAUGUGGUCCAACUAUAUGCCCCAGAAACUCGUCGAGUUCCUGCCCGCCAGCGAGAAGGCCAAUGCAAUGACGAUCUACGGCUCGUUGCCAGAGCAGCUGUCGUACCCUUGGGGUAGCGAGGCUCGCAACGCAAUCAUUGACGCUUACGGCUUCACGCAGCGCCGCAUGCUCAUCGUCGCGGCAGCGCUGUAUCCGAUCACUUUCUUUGCCGUGUUCAUGUGGCGGAACAUCAACCUCAACAAGAUUCAGCAGACUCGUGGUACCGUGUUUUAGUUUCUUUUCUGUUUUUUUUUUUUUUUUUUUUUUUUUUUUUUUUUUUUUUUUUUUUUUUUUUUUUUUUUUUUUUUUUUUUUUUUUUGAAAUUUGUAGACGAAAUUCAGUGGUUGUUAGUAGUUUGUUGCUACUUUUAACCGAUCGUUACGAUCGUUACGAUGCAAAGUAAAAGUUUGAGUUAAGACCAAAUCUUAGUUGUUUCCAUGCUAAAGCGGUAAUCUAAAUCUUAUGUCUACAGAUAGUAGCCUAGCUGGUAUUUAUU